AUGGCUUCGAACCUUCCUCUCCCUAUUCCGCCGCGCACUCCAACCCCGCCAGCGGACGAUGAACAUGGCGCCCAUAUCAACUCAGGGAUACCCAUUGAUCGCAAUUCCCUAUCGCCGUUGAGAGCUUCCUUUCCAAAGGGUAUCAUGAAGGCUGAAAGCAGAGACAAGCUGAGCCCCACAACAUCCUCUUCCAACUUAGCACCUCCGCCUGAGCAUUCGGAAACCCCGAUUGGCAAUGGCUCUGGCGACAUGUCCCCUGCGGGGCCAUUCAACUUCGAUACUACUGUUAUGGCGAAGAGUCCAGUGAUUAGAUCGAACAUGGGACAACGUCGGGGCCACAAAUACAAACACAGUAGUAUCUCUCACCAGAUCUUCCUCGAACCUACUCCUCGCGCUCCUCUUGCCCUCCCAAACUCGCUCCCUAUACCAACAUUCAAAGAAUGCCGAUCCAGCAUGUCCAAGGAUCAAAAGACCCGCUUCUGGUGGAGUCUAUGCCACAUGUGCAUUGCGGCGUACACACUCUGGACCGCGCAUGGAUCUCUAGCCAUGACGGCAUUAUCGCAUCUGAUUCUAUUCGAUUCCCUCGGUGCCCUCCUGUGUGUUGCGGUUGACGUGUUGAGCAACUUCGAGGUCUGGAAGAGAUCGAGUAUCCGCCACCCAUUUGGCCUUGAACGUGCAGAAGUUCUAGCCGGGUUUGCCAUGGCUGUGCUUCUUUUGUUCAUGGGCAUGGACCUGAUCUCUCACAAUCUGCAACAUUUCCUCGAGAAGGCUGGUCACGAGCCCCACCGCCCACAUGGGCAUGAUCGCGUUUCUCUGGGUAGUGUAGAUGUGACUGCCGUUCUUGCUAUUUCGUCGACGCUUGUGUCGGCAAUUGGACUCAAGAACCAUGCUCGUAUCGGAAAGGCUAUUCGGUUCGGAUAUAUCCAGUCUCUUCCAUCGAUCUUGAGCAACCCAUCCCACUUUCUUACUCUCUCCUGCUCGACGCUGCUGCUGCUUUUGCCUCUGGUCUCGAUCCGGAUCUAUGAUUGGCUCGAUAAAGUCUUAUCUGGCACCGUCGCCUUCUCGAUGUGCUUCCUAGGCACGCGCUUGGUGAAAACCCUGGGUUCUAUGCUUCUCAUGUCCUACUCUGGCCAAGGAGUAUCUGAUGUGAUUAAGGAUAUCGAGGCCGACCCUUCUGUGUUUGGCAUCGAUGACGCUCGAUUUUGGCAGGUCCAUUAUGGGCUAUGCAUGGCAAAGCUCAAGCUUCGAGUCACGGGUUCUGAGGAGAAUCUGUCCCGGCUGAGAGAGAAGAUCUCCAGCUUGAUCCGCAACCGACUGGGUGGCGGAUAUGGCACAGGAGGCCAAAGAUGGGAGGUUUCUCUGCAAUUCACGAUUGAGCGGGCAUAA